AUGGACGUAUGUUUAUUUUUUAUACAAAAUAGUGUUGUAGUGAGAGCGGGAGAGACCAAUCUUAAAGACGUUAUUACCAGCUGUGAUGAGAUGGAUUGCCCUCCAAAUGUUUACAUGUCCAAAUCAGUGGUGUGGUACUUUGAUGAUGAGCCACCUGAAGAAGGCCAUGAUGUGGCGUUGGUAGAAACAACGAAAGACAUCGUUUUCAAUGAUUACGUGUUACCGAUUUGCCUGCAGCCAUUGGUAGCUGCAUAUAAUCAACUUUAUAAGAGAGACUAUCUAGGCGAACGUGGAAUCAGGGUGACAGGCUGGGGUAUACCUUCCUCCAGUGAUCAGUUCUACUUCAAACUCCAGAAAGUGCCAGGACAUAUUUUCACAGAGGAAGAGAUUGUGGAAUUCUAUUACAAAUAUAUGACACUGUCAUUCCGAGACGUGGAAUCGUACGUGUCAUUCUUCGGUGUGGGAGACUUGUCGGACGGACUCUAUCACGACAGCGACAUCGGAGGUCCAUUCAUCAUCAAGAAAAUGUGGGAGUGGGGGAGAACGCGAUACUAUCUGUACGGCGUCUAUUCAUUCAUGGCUGACGUGUCUUUGCCGCCCUAUGAGACCACAUUUGUUUACUCCAGGGUCAGUCACUACCUUGAUUGGAUACUGGAGAAUGUGGAGACUAUUAGUGGAGACUAUUAGGUCUAAUGGUCAUUGAUCACAGAGAAGGAAAUAAUAGCCUACUAGUACUAGAAAAACUAGAAGGAAAGACUACAACUCCUUUUUACUUUAUGCUGAUUAUAAUUUAUUUGUAAUUGAGGGGUAUAGAUACAGAAGACACGUUUCAAAAUUUGAGGGCAACCAUAAAAAACUGUUUCAUUAUGAUAAAAAAAGGAUAUUGUUGCAAUUUUUUCUCCAAACAAAGCUUAGAAUCAUAUCAACUACUUGCACACAGCUUCAAUAAGUUGUUGAAUAAAAUAAAACAGUAAUUUAAUUUCAAUAUACUCAAACAGUGAGUUUUGAAGUAAAAUUUGUUUAAAUGUGAAAUUUGAAGCAACCUUACACGAUAACAAAAACAAAACCAAAUGGAUGAUAUGAGUAAGUCUUCUCUUUAGUUGUUAAUUUCAUCUCAAUUUGCUGUUGUUCAACAGUUGCUAUAUAUUACCAUAUUUGGAAUACUUGGGCGUGUCUGGUUUCUGGCCAAUGACAGUAGAGCUCGACGCCAAUUGGUCGAUUGCUAAUGGGUAGUAUCAUAGAGAAACAAUAGCGUAAGUAGAUAUCCCAUGGUAAUGAAUUUACGUCUCAACUUUUACUGUUAUCUCAAGCCGAUUACUGUCGAUUAUUGUCCAUUUUUACUGUUUUGUUGGGGUGAUAGUGUAUGAACGGCACAAUUUGAGAGACUACCAGCGUCACACAGCUGCAUGGGAAAGAACUACGUGAACUAUCGGCUUGGGAUAACAGUAAAAGUUGCGACAUAAACGCCCUAUACCAUGGGAUAUCUACUUAUGCUAUCUUUUCUCUAUGAUAGUAUUGUAGGGCUUCAGUCACACUAUAGGCUAGAUACUCUGCUACUUGACGUUCAAGCUUACAGUUUAUAUAGAUUCAUAUGUUGUAACAGCCGAAACUAGUACCUCAUAUUGUUUCUUCCAAUAAAAUAGUUAAUAAUAAAUAUAAUAUAAAAUCAUUUUAUUAGAAAAAACAAUAUGAGGUACUAUUUCGGCUGUUACACCAUAGAAACUCCUAAUAAACUGAAAGCUUGAACGUCAAGUAGCAGAAUAUAUCCUAUAGAGUGACUGAAGCCUUCAAUAGCUUUCAGUUUAUUAGGGAUUUAUAUGGUGUAACAACCGGAACUAGA